AUGUCUACCAUAUCCGAAAAACCGGCAAUUCACGACAAAGAUCUCGAACAUCAACGCUCGAGUAUCUCAGAUCAGCAAGACGUAAAAUUCGACAGGGGCAUUCCCAAUUGGCAAUGGUAUCUGGUUUGUGUUGGCAUCUAUGUUGGGGCCCUGUUAUACGGUAUGAGCUUUUCGAUCUUCCGGAGUGUCUUGAUAUGGUGGCUAACUGCCUAUCUGAANGGUCUUGAUACCACCAUCUCAGCCGACGUUCAAGGACCGAUCCUUGGAACGUUCGGGGAUAUCGAAAAACUUUCCUGGGUUGGCAUUGGGUUUCCCAUGGGAUCUGUGUCAGUCAUUCUGCUCGUCGGAGCUUUCUAUGCACUGUUCGAGAUUAAAUGGAUCUUCAUUGGCAGUCUCGUGUUAUUCGAAGCUGGUUCUGCACUCUGUGGAGCUGCACCCGAUAUGAACGCGCUGAUUGUUGGUCGAGUCAUAGCUGGUAUGGGUGGCGCAGGGAUGUACUUANNGGGUAGGGCGUUGACUUACAUCACGACCUUUACGAGCAANAAGGAACAACCCAUCUAUAACGCCUUAAUCGGUUUGUGCUGGGGUACAGGUAGUAUUCUAGGUCCGGUCGUUGGUGGCGGCUUUGCUGGCAGUUCUGCAACUUGGAGAUGGGCCUUCUACAUCAACUUACCCUUGGCUGCCGUCACCUCACCUGUCUACCUCUUCCUUAUGCCAACUCACAACCCAAGGCUAGACACUAGUACUAAGCAGAAGCUCACCACGAUCGAUUGGCUGGGUGCUUUCUUGUUUGCUGGCAUGUUCGCUAUAUUGCAAGUCGCUCUGACAUUCAGCGGCUCUUUGUGGAAGUGGAAUGAAGCUGGUCCGAUCGCUCUCUGGGUCGUGUUCUUCGUACUCCUGGUCGCCUUCGUUGUGCAGCAAGCCUUCUGUAUCGCCACCGUACCAUCGCGUCGUCUGUUUCCAGUCCACUUCCUGAAAAGUCGAACUUUGGUACUUCUAUAUACCGGAACGGCCGCAUCCUCGACUGGGCUUGCUCUCGGCGUCUACUACAUCCCAAUCUUCUUCCAAUUCACAAGGGGCGACUCACCAAUCAAGGCUGCUGUGCGACUACUACCUUACAUCUGUGUCUUCGUCGCAGCGGUGAUGCUGAGUGGUGGUCUNUUGCCAGUUCUCGGCCGCUAUCAGCCUUUCUGCAUCGUCAGUGGUGUGCUGUUGGUUAUUGGUGGCGCUCUGAUGCAUACCGUUCAUCUAGAUACUUCGGCAUCAAAGAUUUAUGGAUAUGAGGUCUUGAUGGCUUUCGGAGCAGGCAUGAGCAUGCAAGUAGCCUAUUCCGUUGCUGUCGCCAUUGUCGACAAAACCGAUACUCUGAAUGCAGUUGGGUUCAUUAAUGUGGCUCAGAUUGGGUCUAUCAGCAUUGGUCUCAGCAUCGCUGGUUGUAUGUAUCAGAACAUCGGGUUCGCCGACAUCAAGAACGCCGUGUCAGCAUACCACUUCUCAGAUGCUGAGAUUAGAGCCGCUCUUGGUGGUGCCCAUUCUGCCAUAUUGGCCAGUGGAGACAUGGAGCUCAAGCGCUUGGUACUCGAGGCUAUUGCUGCUACGCUUAGAGAUAUCUGGGUUCUUACUAUCGUGGCGGGUGCAGUUGCUCUUUUGAGCGGUAUAUUGAUGAAGAGGGAGAAACUUAAUCUAGAGAUGACCGCAGGAGGGUGA